UCUCUGAGGUGUUUGUAAAAUCGGUACCUAAGAGGAAUUUAAAAGAGGUGCGCAGAAAGUCGACGCGCAGCGAGCGCAAUUCUCUUUCGAGUUCGAACCGCUCGGUUAGUUGGAGGGAAUCAUACGGUUGCUCGUGCGAGUCCGAAUAACACGUAUUUUGUGUAGUCCGACUCAGAAGGUUUAGGAGAAGACAGAGGGAAAAAGGUCAGUCAAAAGAAAAAAGAUCGUCAGUGUCGAUGAGUCCGGGUGGUGGUAAACCGGUCUGAGAAUGAAGGCGAUUGGCCAGAUCAUGGCGUACGUGCUAUUGGCAACUGCAUUUACAAAAAAUAUGUUUGCAACAAGUGCCACGAACAUCAAAUUUUCAAAAGACAGCAACAAAAUUGCACGGUACAAUACAACGAAAUUAGAAAUGAUCUCGGAUGCUGUAGCGCUUUUGAAUUCUGACACCGAUGGUCUUCGAAGUAUCCUAGUUAACAUAUUUGAAAGCAAACCAGUUCAAGAUCUUGAGUCCCGCACUUUUGGGGGAAACAAAAGAUUUCAGUUCAUGCUGAUGCCGAUGAUGUACAAAAUGGGAGUGAUGAUGACAAUGUUGAUGGUAAUAGCAGCAAUCUCAGCGAAAGGACUUCUUAUAGGCGGUAUAUUGCUACUAUUUAAACUCAGCACCUUUCUAGCGAAACUUCACUCAGGCUGGCACGCACCAUGGCCAUCACCACAACCAUGGCUAUCACCGCAACCAGUUCACCUGCACGUUCAUAACGCUUUUCCAGUUCACCCACACAUGCACCCACAAAUAUACCAAAGCUGGGAUUCAAGUGGCCCCGCAUAUGAGGACCAGUAUUACUAUAAAGGAUAAAAUCAUACAUUAAAAG